GUCAUAUCCAAUUACAACAUUGAUAACGAAACAAAAGACUCUGAAUGGAAUAAACAAUAUAAUUAAGCAUUCCAUGUUCAUCCAUGGAUAUAAAUCGUUAAAAUUUCCAUUGUAUGUCUAGUGGCACUCGAUAGUUUUUAAGCAAUCUCUGUGAAUAGCACGCUUUGUAUUCAAAAUCCUUGUCAACUUUUCGAAUAAAUCGAUAAAUAAUGAAAUGCUGUGAAUAGAUCUAAAAAUAAUCAAUAAGUGGAUGAAAUUAUAUCACUUUAAAUUGUUCAAAUUGAAAAACAUGUCGAAACGAUCAAUGUUAGAGGACGAUGAUGAGUUGAGUGAUAACGAAGAAAGUUCUCUAGUCAAAGAGGUGUACAAUGUUAAACCCCGUAGUUUCAAAUUUUUAAAUGCUAACAAAAUGAAUAAAAUUCUCUUCAUUGUUACUGUUUUCUUGGUGCUUUUAUCGAUUCAUAUCUUGAUAUAUAGUAAUGUCAAAGUAUAUUCGCAACGAAUGAUUGUGGGAUGGUCCAGGAACACUUCCCGUCAGACGAUAGAUUACGCUCGUCCUAAUGAAAACACAACUUUAAUCGAGCCGGUGAAAGCUUGUCAUGAAGACAUUCCUAUUUUCCUUCUCAUCGUUGUCUGCUCUUCAUUGAUAAAUUUUGAAGCUCGUCAAACUAUCAGAGAGACGUGGGGAAACAGCACGAACUUCAAUUAUCCCGUGUUCGAGAAACUGCAUGGGAAAUACGACAAAUUUUAUCUCAAACCCAACAAUAAACAUUGGGAAAGAUAUGCUGAGAAUUCCACAACUUCUGAUCAUCAAUUAAAUCGAAGUAAUUUUAAUAUUCGCGUUGUUUUCUUGUUGGGUGUUCCAACUAACGAACGAUCCUUUGAUGAACUUCAAUAUCAGAUUAACUACGAACACGAACUUUAUGGUGACAUAAUUCAAGAGAAUUUCUUGGACAGUUACAACAAUUUAACAAUCAAGACGGUUCUAAUGCUUAAAUGGGCAAAUAUUAAUUGUGUUGAAAAAGUCAAAUACAUCAUGAAAUGUGAUGACGACACUUUUGUAAAUGUUCCGAAUCUCAUUCACGUGCUGCUUGGUGGAACGGUUCCUGUUUACAACGCAACAGUUUCUGUCAAUGAUAAAUUGUCGAUUAACGCCAGAAGUGCUCGAAAUCGUUUAAGUGAAGGCAAAAAUCUUUUAUUAGGAUUUAAGUUUUGCUCGGCGAAACCAGUAAGAGACGUGAGAAGCAAGUGGUAUGCUCCAAAUUAUUCAUUCAACGGAGAAAUUUAUCCUGAUUACCUCUCGGGAACGGCUUAUCUAAUGAACUUUGAGACUGCCAAGAAAUUAUACAAAGGAAGUUUGUCAACGCCAAUGUUUCAUCUCGAAGAUGUUUACUUGACGGGAUUUGUUGCCAAUCGACUCAAAAUUAAACGUCAACCCCAUCCAUUAUUUUCUUUUGUAUCAAUAAAAGAUCGUUGUUCACUUCGUGGGAUGAUAACUCAACAUAAGAUGACACCAAUGACUGUGGAAGAAGCUUACAGCUUUAUAAUGAACUUUUCGACGCAAUGUUCAGUUCCGAAGAAAAGUUAUCUGGGCAGGAAGUUGGAGUUGAUAAACCGCAAAGGAUGUAAAUGAAAUAUAAAAUUGCUCGGAUCUGACAAAGUAAAUUUGUAAUGAAAGUUAAAAUGUUUAAAAUAUGAACGAAAUAACUAAUUUUACCGUCCAUAUGAUGCAACCAUGAGAAGAACAUAAUUAGGCUGUGAAAGUGAAAUUAUUGAAACAAAAUUGAUUUUAUUAUUUUUUAUUUUGAGAGUGUCAAAAUUGUAAUGAUUUUUAAACAAAAAUUUAAGGAAAGUUUUUAACGUUGAAGUUAUUUGGCAUAUUCAGCUUUCCUUCAUCCCAAAAACUGAAAAAUUGAGAUUAUAAUUGUCAUUCAAAUUAGCCUAAAACUUAAGUUGCGAUCAAAUAUGGCUCAAUUUGGACUACCAAUAAUGAAUUAUCGAAGUGAGAGUCUAAAAUCCGAUGAUAGUGAUUAAAGUCAUAUCGAAGAAAGUGAACAAAAAAUGCCACUCGAAGCCCGAUGUUUAAAACGAGAAUUUCCAGACUAGAAUUUACUCCUAAUUCCAAAUAAUUUUAAUUAUUUUUAUAACAAGAAGUCAUUCGAAAAAUAAAAUUACUAAUAAAAUUGGGUAUGCUGCCUUGUAGUUGCUAAAAAAUAAUUGACUAAAUAAGCUCAAUAUAAAAGCAAAUUUUAAUUAACAGAAAUUUGGAAAUUGUUCGAAUCUCAAAUUACAUUUCAUAGAAAGUUUUUUUAAAUUUUUAAAUAAUUUUAUUUUUAUAUUGAUUAAUAAAAUUAAUUGACGAAAUUUAUUCGCAUAAUGAAGACAAGUUUUAAACAGAGC